AUGCUCCUCCCAGCUGCGAUGUUGUUUGUCAUGGCCUUCCAGACAGGGGUAACGGCGUUUAUGCAAAAUUACACAAUGUGCCCGAGAGUACUACGAUACGCUCUCUUCAAAGAACAUGGUUACGCAGACGAAAACAUACCACGUGACCUGUUCCAGUUCCACCCGAGUCUUUUGCACGAAGGCAGCGUCCUCCACCGCGUGAACCACCUGAAGGAGUUCAAACUGAUUGGCACAGGAUCUCAAGCUGAAAUAUUCCAGGGCAGGAUGCGGUUCACAGACGAAGACGUUAUUGUCAAGACAUUGAACACGGGUGACGUCGAAGAAUUCCUCCACGAAGCAUACAUCAUGGGGUAUUUACAAGAUAUACCCAACAUACCCCGUCUGUAUGGGUUCCUGCCCACCGGUCCCAGCAUCGCCGACAUGUCCUUGGUGUCGGAGUUUCUCAAGAACAGCACAUCGCUGGAUGAGCUGAUUAACAUGGAUCCAGUCCUACCAGAAUGUGUUUGGAUCGACAUCACAAGACAGAUCACGACUACAUUGCAAGAAAUCCACAAACGAUUCGUGCUGUACAAUGAUCUGCACACCAACAACAUCAUUGUGUCGUGGCAAGGCUCCAAGCCGUAUGUUCACAUCACUGACUUUGGCCAUGCCACCUUCGGCGAGGGGUUGUCCUACGGCAGCAGCACCAACACCAUAUGGACCAGAGAAGAUCGCGAACUCUAUAAAUUCUUAGCUCCAGAAGUGUGGUUUGAUUUGACAACGUUGGCGUGUGACGUGUAUUCCGUUGGCAAUAUAAUGAUAUACAUAUCUCCCUUCGUCGGGAAUACAGAGUUCAAAAGAGUCUCAAGACAAUGUGUAGCCAUUGAUCCAGUUCGCCGUCUUCCUCUACGUAACGUCAAUGACUUUCUGGUGAAUCUGUACGAGGACGUUUGUUCCGGGGACUAUUCUUACAGAAAUCAAGAUAUCGUGGUUGCUGAAACGAACCAUCCUUCGCCUGAAGGACCAGCUGAUAUUGAUGAUGUAGCUGGUGGGGAUGUUACAGACGAUAUGGAAGAUACAGCUGAUAUAGACGCAACAGCUGAUCUUGAUGCCGUAGCUGAUGGUGGUGCUUCAGCCGGAAUGGGUACUGCAACUGAUGGUGCUACAGCUACAAUAGAUGCUACAGCUGAUUCUACAGCCGGAAUGGGUACUGCAACUGAUGGUGCUACAGCUACAAUAGAUGCUACAGCUGAUGCUACAGCCGGAAUGGGUACUAUAACUGAUAGUGCUACAGACACAGUGGAUGCUACAGCUGAUGCUACAGCCGGAAUGGGUACUAUAACUGAUAGUGCUACAGACGCAGUGGAUGCUUUAGCUGAUGCUACAGCCGGAAUGGGUACAACAACUGAUGGUGCUACAGACGCAAUGGAUGCUACAACUGAUGCUACAGCCGGAAUGGGUACUACAACUGAUGGUGCUACAGACGCAAUGGAUGCUACAACUGAUGCUACAGCCGGAAUGGGUACUACAACUGAUGGUGCUACAGACACAAUAGAUGCUACAGCUGAUGCUACAGCCGGAAUGGGUACUAUAACUGAUAGUGCUACAGACGCAGUGGAUGCUUCAGCUGAUGCUACAGCCGGAAUGGGUACUGCAACUGAUGGUGCUACAGCUACAAUAGAUGCUACAGCUGAGGCUACAGCCGGAAUGGGUACUACAACUGAUAGUGCUACAGACGCAGUGGAUGCUACAGCUGAUGCUACAGCCGGAAUGGAUGCUCCACCUGAUGCAGACACAACAAAUGAUACCGAAGAUGAAUAUGAGAUCCUGGAAGAAGCGACUAUCAUGCUGCCUUUUAUUUCUCAGGAAUCUCUGAACUUUAUAACAUCCGAGGGUGAAAAGGUUUGGUUAAGAUACAGUGGAGAAACUCAAAUAGCCCUAGCCCAUUAUAAACCUCACAAUAUGGACGUUGUUGUCAAGACGUUUAAAGAUUCCAGCUUCGCUGAUAUACGCCAAGAGGCCUCCGUAAACUACUUCAUGAGCAAUACCGGCUAUGUCCCUGAAUUCAUCGGCGUGGCACCGUCUGGAUCAUCACUCACCAACCUCAGCAUUGUUCAGGAAUACGUUGCCGAGGGGCAAACGUUGAGAGACGUCAUGCACGUCGUCGUCAAGUUUCAUCUACAGAUUAAGCUUGCCCUUGCAAUACAACUAGCACAGGCAAUGUCGGGUUUCCACCAGAGAGAUUUAAUCAUCAGCAACUUCAAGACGGACAAUAUAUUGUUUGAUUUUGUAGAUAACUACCCAGUCAUUAAGGUGAUAGACCUGGGAAAAUGUACCAUUCAAUACGGGUACGCGGUCAGCAAGUCGGGUGAUCUUGAUCUUGAUUAUUUAGCCCCGGAACUUAAGGACAAGGGUAUGACGUCGUUUGCAUCGGACGUUUACGGAUUGGGUGUCAUCUUACGUGGUAUUUUUGAAGCAUGCACUGAUAAUAACAUCACUGGUUUAAUUGAUCGGUGCCUGGAGAAAGAUCCAAGGUUAAGACCUUCAUCUGAACAAGCAGUUGAACAUAUAGUGGACAUAUUGGCUUAUGUGAAUGAACGUGAUGCAUGACCAGCGGUGUUUGAUAUUCUAGGGAAAUGAAAGGGGGCAGUGAUAUUACUGAAAAUGUUAC